UCUGGCUACUGUCUCCAAAAAAAAAAAAAAUAAAUAAAAAAAUAAAUAAAAUAGUUAAAUUCAUUUUUUGUUUUUCUUUUUUUUGGUGUUUUAUUACACAAAACAACAAUUACACAGUGUUGAAUAAAAUUAGCUGAUGAGUGCUCAUUCCUUGAUAAAAAUGAUGAAAAACUUCUCAACAAUCGGUUUCGCGGAUCAAAAUUUGCCAGUUGAUGUGCGACAAUAGCAACAACAACAACAACAACAACAAAAUAUAACCAAAAAAGUGAAAAAUAAUAAAUUCAGUACACUCUAAAGGAAGCCAGAGCGUAAGGAGGUGGCGAAAUCGACAACAAUUAAUUUCGGCUAGAGAUUUUUUUUUCGAUCUUACGCAGCUGAUCGGGGUAUUGAAUUUUAAGCUGCAGUAUGAAAGGUUUAUUAUGUGGCAGCAGCGAACGAUCGGUGCCGAAAUGCGGCUCAUUAUAUACACCCAUUCGGCGCACAUAUCCAGAAGUUCAGGCGCCAGUACAGUCCGCAGUGAAUAAAGUAAAUGCGAACGAGCGUACACCCUUGUUGCGGGAGGGUAAAACAUAUGGGGGAACCUCGGCGGCGUUGCGGGCAGCAUCAGGUAGCGAUGGCUAUGGCAGUCAGAGUGGUGCGGACAGUACUUAUGGCAGUGAUAAUGAGUGCACCGGUGCUGGAGGCGAUAUUGAGGCAGCGGCAAUUGCAACAGGCGCUGGCAAGCCGAGGCGAGAUUGGUGUGCAUAUUUUCGUGUUAUGACAUUUGUUUUGAUUUUAGCCGGUGGCUGUGUUAUCGCUACUUAUCUCUUGAUAGCUGACUCACGACUGCCGGUUAUGCAAUUCUCACUGGAUCUCGUGCACCGUGACAUUUGGAGUAAUGUUUCUCGGCCACUUGCCGAUUUUCUAAACCAUACCAAUGUCAUGAAUAUUGUGAUAAUGCAGACGGGCGGCGCUGGUUGUGAAAAAAUCGACAAAUGCCUACAAAUCCUGCGGGAAAUGCAGAAGCAGUACCAAAUGACGCUUGGUAAUGCGCAGGAAGUACCAUUUAACUUUUUGAUUGGCGGUGAUCGUCAAACUUAUGAGGCACGCGGUUGGAAUUAUGAAAGUGGCCUAAAUUUGGCGAGGCAAAAUGCAACGCUGGUAAUCGCUUUUAUAGGCAACUAUACGAAUAUGGCGCCCAGUACCUUGCAGUUGCAUUCCGCCCUUUCGCUUAUUGCUGAGUCAGUGCGUCUGAAGAAGCUUCAGCGUCAGUAUAAAAUUUACGGUUUGCGUAAUUUAACAAACAGUCAGAAUGACGGUGAAGCGCUCUUUGGUGAAAUUAGACAGUGGGCACAGUAUGGCGGUUUGUUACAUGUACUCUGAUCGUGUUGUUGUUGUAA